AGUUGAGUUUGCUGUAUUACUGUAAAUUUCAAAAGACUGGAAUAUUGUUGGUCAAGCUGCUGGAUGAUAAAUCGCUUGCUGGUUUUUAUAUAUAUUUUUUGUGAUGAAUAUAGCAACUAAAUAUUAUUGUAUUGGUAAAUUUAUAAACAAACAAUAAUAAUUGUUAAUUUAAAUAAUAAUUACGAGCACGGAAGUUAAUUAACUGAGGAAGCUCAUUAGUUUUGCUGACAAAUCUCCAGGAAAUUUAAUGGGGGAUUGAAAAAAAAUUGACGAUCAACUUGGGUUUGGAGGUUUGAAUUUUUUUAAAUUUAAAUAAUGGCGAAAAGAAAACGCAAGAGUGAUGCUGUGGAAUCUCCGUGCGACUUUCAAAUAAAAAUAACGGGAAAUUCUGAUGAUGUCCAGGAUAUUGUUCAUGAAAUUCGUAAUACUUUUAAUUUUGAUGACUUUUUCAAUCAACCUGCGACGAGUAACUCACAGGAAGAGGUAACUUUUAAUUUAUUGGAGUCAUCUCCCUCGCCGCUGGCUCCCAUCAACGGCAAGAACACGGAAGACAAGCCCAGGAAAAAAUUAAAAAAGGUCGACGAACAAAUACUUCCUAAACGGGUCGUCCUGGUCGUUCCGAAAAACUCACCGUCAAGAACAACGCCCGGAACUAACAGCAAUCAGACACCCAGUGAUCCAGUUCCCAAUGGAGAUGACAGCUGUCAAAAAAUUGCUACUCCACUUUCAGCGGCAAAUGACAGUGAUAAAUUUAAAAUUCCUGAUGAAUCAUCUGGGAUUAAUGACACCCCGGUUAAAAUAACCGCCAAAAGUACCAAUCAAGAGGUUAAAAAGACCAAUCGAGUGGCGGGAAAACGAAAUUUAAAUUCAAAUUUAAGUGCGGAUAUAUUAAAAAAUUUACCAAAGCUUCCAGUUGAUAAAAGUAAACUAGUUGACAUAAUUAAAUUACCGAAAGUUGAGAUAAAUUUUCAAGAAACCGCGCCAAGUUUAAAUGGUAAUUUUAAAAAAUCACCUAAAGUUAAAUUGCAAUUGCGCGCAGCAGAUCCAAAUUUAUUAAAAAGUGAUGAAUUUAAAGAAAAAAUAAGAAAGUUCAGAGAGAAAUCAAAUGAUUCUAUCAACGAAUCAAUUAAUUCAUCAAUUAAUAAUAGUCCGAUUAAUAUUUCAUUGAUACCCAGAGACUCUAUCAGUAAUUAUUUGGUAAAGAAAAAACUUACUAAUGAUUCUUUGGAGAAUGACAAAAAUAAGUCAGUUGAUAAAACUGGCGGGAAUUUAAAAAUAGCAAAAUCACCGCAGAAAGAAACGGCAGCGGUCAAUAGUGCGAGCGCUAAUUUAAGUGUCAAUAAAAAAAAUGUAACCGAGGUGUCGGAAAAUUUGGUAUCAACGACUACUGAGUCGACUCAAUUGAAUAAAAAUAAUAACAAGAACUGUCAGUGCAGUAAAAUGAAUAUAAUGGUCGACAUUGUCUCGGGACUGUUGGCGAAAAUGAAGGAAAAAUCAAAUGAAAUAGACAAGAGCAAAAUAAACAUGGACCAGUUGAAAGGAUUGAAGGAUCACCAGGACACCGAUGAGUUGUUGAAGCGGCUGAGAGAAAAAGACCAAAUGAUAACUCAGCUUGAGGAAAAGAACAGAGAAGUCACUGAGCACUUGAGGAGAGAACAGUUGUCUAGUUCGAAGCUGAGGAUAAAUUUGAUGAGCUGUCAGACGGAGUUGCAAAAAAUAAAAAGUAUUGUCAAGAUGAAGACGGAUCUUAUCAAUGAAACUGUUGAUAGUGUCGUAAAAGUAAAAGAAUACUUUGGAGACGAAGUGAUAACCGGUGGAAUCUCUGACACUGAAGACGAAACUUUCAGCCAGACGUAGCUGUAGUUUAUUUUUAAAAUUUUGAAUUAAGUUGUGUUGUUAUUUAUAAUUAAUUUGAAAGAAAAACAAAUGUACAUUUUAAAUAAUUCAUAAGAUUACUGACAAUUGUUUAGAUACGUUAAAGUAAAUGUCAUUUUUUAAUAAUAAAUGAUGCGUCUUAAUAUUAAUUUAAGUUUCGUAGUUAAUUAAGAUAAAUAUUUAAA